CAGCUUGAAAGUUCAAAGCAUGAUCCUUGACGCUUUGAACAUUUCAAACAGGACGCACAGAAUGGGGGUCCUAGGUGCUUUUUGCAGUUUAAAUCAAUAGAUGAUUAGCCUUCUCUUACUUCCUGUCUAUAGGCAGCUGCUCAAGCAUUCCCUCAAGGAGGUUGGAGGAGUUGGCCUGCAUCAAUGCAAGCACCGUAAUGAGCAGUACUCCCCCCUCCUGGAUCGCUGGCCCCAAUUGUCUUUCAAGUGGGAAGCAAAGCGAGUGAGUUGGUGAUGUGAUGUGAUGCAGAAGAUGGCGCGCUCCUGGCUGCUGGACCUGCUCUGCACUCCAUACAUCUACAUGCUCGCCUUCCUGACCCUGUUACUUGGCUUCGAAGCCAGCAGUCUUUUGGCGGGCCAGGGGUCCUACUUCUCCGGAGCCACGAGCUUCUUUGGGCGCGCGCCCAAGUCCGAUGAGUGCCCCGCAUACUUCUGCAACAUCUUUGAUGAUCUGGAGCCCUGGUUCGCAAAGGGGGGCAUCACAAUGGAGGACAUCAACGCGGACCCGGAGGCUGUCACCAUGAAGAUUCAGAUCCUGAACGGCACUCUGUACUGGCGAUGGACGGGAGGCUGCAGCUUCACGCGCACGUCGUUUACUCUGUGGGCCAUAAUGAUGCUGCUCGAGCGCUAUCCGGGCCAGGUUCCUGACGUGCUGUUCAACGUGUGCUGCCACGACGACCCGGCGGUGCCCGCAGAAAAGUGGGCCAACAACGCGAGCGCCAUCCCGCCCAUCUUUUCCAUGUGCAGCAGCGAGGACCACUUGGACCUCGUCUGGCCUGACUGGUCUUUCUGGGGCUGGCCGGAGCUGCGCAUUCCUGAGUGGCGCACCAAGAGCGCGCAGAUCCUGGGCGGGAAAGGGCGCCGCACGCCGUUGGGAAAGCGGGAGCCCCGGGCGUUUUGGAAGGGUAACGCGUUCACGGGGAGGGGGCCCAACCAGGGCCUGCGGCAGCAGCUCGUGGGGUGCUCGGAACCCCCCGGAUACGAGAACGGCAUCGAGGCGGUGAACAUUUUUUGGGAUGACGAGAUCAACAAGACGGAGACGAGGCUGGAGGAGCAGUGCGACCACAGGUAUCGCAUCUACGCGGAGGGCAACACGUGGUCGUGCAGUCUUAAAUACGCCCUGGCGUGCGCCUCGGCGGCGCUGGUCAUCGACCCCGUGUACUGGGACUUUUACAGCCGGGGCUUGGAGCCGUUCCGGGACUUCAUCCCAAUUGAGAGGGGGGACAACAUGUGCGACAGACUGGAGAUGGCGGUUUGGUGGGGUGACAAGCAUCUGCAACAAGCAACAUCUAUUGGAGAAGCGGCUGCCCACUUCAUAGAAAGUAGCUUGAGUAUGGAGCGUGUCUAUGAUUACAUGCUACACAGUUUAAGGGUAUACUCAGCAUUACAAACGUUUGCACCCGUGAAGGAACCAGCAUUGAAUCCUCUGCUUACAAAGGCGUUUUAUGUCGAGAGGCCACCAUUUGAAAAGGAGUUCAUGGAGUGGGAGGAGAGGGCCAGCGAGUCACCCUGUAGGUUAAAGUGUUAACAUGCUUAUCGGGCUAAACGGCCUUUCCGCUCACUCCUCUUGUCCCAUUCUCAACGUUGGCAACACUAUUGUUUCAGGC